UUUCCUGACACGCGCAAUGGAGAUAGAGCCAUCUUGUUCGAGAGUUCGACGUGGCGACCGGACUGCGACGAGGCGACCUGCGCUUCGACAUGAUCCUGACUGCUGUGAUACCACUGCUAUUGGUGGCACUAUGUGCGCACUCCGCAUUGUCAGAAGUCUCACAGUCGACAAAUUCCUAUUUGUCGGCAGCUGAUAGAGUGCGUUUGAAGAGUAUACUUGAACCAGGAUUUCAGUUACAAGAUGUACCAUCGGUAUAUUAUGCUGUCAGUGGAUAUAAGCUUCUUGGAGAAGCUAUACCAAAUACAAAUGCCAUCUGCAAGUAUUUAAUAAAGUCUAAUGGAGAAAACAUUACACCUGAAACAGCAUUUUAUCUUGUAUCUACAUGGAAAGCUAUGGGAGGUUGUCAAGAGUUUUCUGCAAAUGUUGCGACAAAGGUAUUGACAAAUGUUAUACAAAAGGAUACUUCCACACUCUCUGAUCUAUAUUAUGCAGUGAGUGGCUUAACAGCUUUGUCACAAAAAGUACCUACUGCCAGAACUGACAAAUUGGUGAAAUUAAUACAAGCAGCUUUACGAAAGGAUGACAGUUUAUGGAACUUGGGAUACACAUUCCACAUUGCUGCGGACAUAGGUGCACCAGCUGCAUUUGCUUUUGAUCGUAUUGAAGAUGCUGUGGUACAAGCUGAUGAAGUGGAUGGCCAGUACUUGCAGUUUGAGGGCGGUCUUUCUAUCACGAGUUUUCUUGUCAACGGUAUUUUUAAGUUGUCGACGUCAUUGAAGAAAAAGCCGCCACUAAACUUUCAACAAACAGUCAAAUUUGGCAAUUAUCUUUUCUCGCGACGUUCUGUGCAAAGUGUAAAAGGUGUCACAAAUUUAUUGUCCGCUUUAACCACUUUGGCAAUUGAUAGUCCCGAAAAGCCUGUUUGUAUCACUUUAGCUGAUGGAGGAAUUAUUAUCUCUAAUCAGCAACCAUUGGUCACGGUUAAAGUUUGCGAUAUUCUUGGUCAGGCACUGCCAACUGUACCUAAAGUCGUUGCAAACUCCGCCACGAGAGUGGGAGAUGACGUCGUUAUUCUUAGUAAUGAGAAUUUGCAACCAUCUACAACAGACAAGACUCUCUUCACGGUGAAUCUUAUGAAUGUGAAACCUGAUCGCGGUUUUUACAAGAUAUCGAUAACCGCGGCUUCAGUUACGAACACGAUUACAGUGAAGGUUUUGUCUGAAGCAAUAUUGGAUUACUUGGAAAUCGGUACCGGUGAUGCCGAUCAAACCACUCAGCCAAAACUUACAAAAAUAAAUACAGAGUCUCCCUCAGGUAAACUUGAACAUAAAAUAGAAGCUGAUUCUCAGCAGAAAUUAGUCAUGCGUUUUUUGCUGCGUGAUUCCGCGAAUAAGAAACCGAUGCGUGUACAUCAAGCCUUCGUACGUCUCACAUCCGCCUCCAGUGAUAAGCGAGGUCAUGAAAUCUUUUUCGUCGCCGAGUCUGAUGCUGCUCACGUUUAUAAAUUCGACAUGCCGGUUGGAACAGCAGCUGCGAAUUUUGGUCAUCAGAGCGGAGAAUAUAACAUGGAAUUAAUUGUCGGCGAUGCCGUCAUCAGUAAUCCGUUCCGAUUCAACAUCGGCACGGUGACUUUGAAAUUCCCUGAGUUGACCUCGGUGGAGGGUACUGAUAAAAGUGCCUCUUACAAGCAAAAGCCAAAUGAGUAUACUACCAAACCGGAAAUAAAGCAUAUGUUCCGCGAGCCAGAACGCAGACCACCGGCGUUCGUAUCAAACUUGUUUACAGGCUUGUGUUUGGCACCAGUUCUAUUAUUAUUAAUUUUAUGGGCUCGACUUGGUAUCAAUAUCUCAAACUUUCCCUUGUCUCUCAGUGCGAUUACAUUCCAUCUUGGAUUAGGAGGCAUUUUUGUAUUAUUCGGAAUUUUCUGGCUGAAACUUAAUAUGUUUGUAACGUUGCGAUAUUUACUCGGUUUUGGCGUCGUUACGUUCCUUGCUGGCAAUAAGAUGCUAUCUCAAAUAGCACACAGGCAUAAAUCGUCACGUUGAUUUUUAUUUGAAUGUAUUUUGAGUGUUUGCAGUUACAGUUUAAAAGUGCAUAAUAAUAAAUAUAAGACUGCCAAGCUCCAAACGGCCAAUCAAAUUCAAAGUUGAAGUGGCAAGACCAUCGUUGAGCUGUUCUUUCACCUGUCAUAGAUGUAUAUAAAUCAUAAAAUAUGUAUAAUUGUUUAUUUUAUUACAUGUAAUUUUCUUCAACAUUGGAUAGUCUUAUUAUGUUUAAUUAUGAUACCGAUUACACUUUUACAUACAGUUCUAAUAACUACAGAUCAAUAUCGUCGAACAGUGAGAUAUUUUAGAUAAGUGAUGUUAGUUACAGGUACAUUGAACGUGCACCUACGAUAAAAGAAUAUGGCAGAUAUAAUUUGUUUAUCACAAUUGAAAGUUAUUAAAUUAU